AAUUUUCAUUUCCAGCGCAAUUAAACUUUAAUUUGCAACUUAAUCUCUCUUUAUCUCCUUCUCGCCUUUCUAUAUCUAGUUUUCCUUCUAUCUCCCCUCAUCCCUAACUCUACCUUACCGACAGAAUUCAACAUGAAGGGAGGUAAAUCCAAGUCAGAUGCUAAGAGUGGCAGGCUCGCAGUGAACAAGAAAUCAACCGCCAAAGCUGGAAAGAAAGCGGGCAAGGCAGCUAAGGAUCCAAACAAGCCAAAGAGACCUGCUAGCGCCUUCUUCGUUUUCAUGGAGGAGUUCCGUGUGCAAUACAAAAAGGAACACCCUAAAAACAAAUCUGUUGCUGCUGUCGGCAAAGCCGGUGGAGAUAAAUGGAAGAGCUUGUCUGAUGCUGAAAAAGCACCUUAUAUAGCAAAGGCAGAGAAGCGAAAGGCUGAGUAUGAAAAGAACAUGAAAGCCUACAAUAAGAGACAGGCUGAAGGUCCCCAAGAAGAAGAAGAAGAAGAAGAAGAAGAAGAAGAUGCGGAGUCUGAGAAGUCAAAGUCCGAGGUGAAUGAUGAGGAUGAUGAAGAGAGCAGCGGAGAGGAAGAAGAUGAUGACUAGGAAGGAAGGAAAGAUCGAGGGAGGAGAUAUAGCAUAAUCAAUGUAGGUUGGUGAUAGUUGUUUGAUCAUAAUCUUAUCAUGUUAAUGCGUUUGAUGCUUCCAUGUUAUUCCUUUUAGAUGGGCAUUCAUGUCAUCUAAAGGGCGAAAUGUACCUCUAAAUCCCGUUAGUUCCUUUUGACAUUUGAGACAUCCAUAGUUGUAGAUGGUGGAAGAUUUACCUAUUGCUAUAUAUACGCACACUGUUUUAUAUUACUCUUGAUUUUAAAGUUGAAGAAUGGCUUGGGAAAAAAAAUCCUUUUUA